GCUCCUUUUAGACUUUGAUCAGGAUGGCUCCACUGACUUUGCAUGUUGGGGACAGAUGGACCAAAACUUCCACUUUCAGACCCAGCUGGAUUCCUUCCUGAUGGACUGCCAGGCAGCCAGCAGUCAGCUCUCCCCCUGGUCUUCUUUUGGCUGUCAGUCUGUGUUUUCAGACACACAGCUGACAUUCACUGACUUGGAUGUACAGUCACCGGGACUUGGCGCUUGCGCUGAAAGCGACGGAUGCUCUGCCGAUGAACCUCUGGAAGCAGCCAAGCGCCGCACACGGAGCCUGGUGGUCCAGCAGCCGUUCAAAGUCCAACGGCACGCCGCCAACAUCCGGGAGAGGAAGAGGAUGCUGAGCAUCAACUCUGCCUUUGAGGAGCUGCGCUGCCAUGUCCCAACAUUCCCCUAUGAGAAGCGACUGUCUAAGAUAGACACUCUGAAGCUGGCCAUCGCCUACAUCGCCUUGCUGAGGGAGAUCCUCGUGUCGGGGUCUGACCCCAAAUCCUAUGUUGAUGAGUGCAUGAAGAGCGGCUACAAGAAUCAAAGUGAUGCAAUCUGGAACACAAGUGAUCUGACAGCCCGUCUCUCUUGGAUAAAGUGGGAUUAGCUGGGAAACACGAUGGUAUCCUGAGUCUGUCGGCUGCAGUUAUGUGUCAAAGACGGACAGACCUGCUGGCUUGGUGCAGCCUGCUGACAGACAUCUGCAGACUUCUCACCAGGUCACACACCUCCGCCUUUAUCAGCCUUCCUCGCCACUUUGUUCCAAGUAGCUUUUAAUAUUCUAAUUUACUGUUAACUGGUAAUUGAGAGGCAUUGUUUCAGAAAUUAGGGUAAUAAGGAGUCCUGGCACAGCGCAGCUUUCCCAAACGGAUGCCAUUUGUCACGGAGAGGCAAAGCUGGUUUCAAACUCAAAGGACUCAAACUUCUGCACACUGAGCUGAAGGGCUUUCUGGACUCAUUUUCAUCAAGCUGCAGUUGAUGUGUUAAAAACAGCCUUUUAUUUCGUCUUGUAAAUAAAAGAUCGAAGUAGACGGUCAGGUGCUGCUUCCAAACAGCAG